AUGUAUUUCAAAACCUGCCUCUUGUCUCUUCUGCUCGUUUCAGCGCGGGCCCGAGACAUCCCCUUUAAUAUAAAGAACUUCUACGAGUCGGUGGUAGCGCAGGGGUCGUGCAAACGGCCGCUGCAGACGGGCUUUUACGACAUGGCACACAGCGAUGACAAUAACUUUACCUAUUGUGGUGAUCAUAUACAGGAUUACGGCAUCAUCUACUUGCAGGGUAGCGGUGGAAAGCUGGCAAACAUGGAUAUCGCUUGUGAUGGACUCAUUGGCAAGAACGACGACGGCCGUUGCGACAACGCUCGUUCGAGAAAGAAUGAGACUGCUAUGAAGCGUCACGUGUCGCGCUACAGUCACGGUGUCCCGGAUCUCAACCCAUUUAUCCACAACUACGUAGUGUUCGGCAACACCGGUGUUAAGCCCGGCUGGGUAACGUUCGAGCCUCGGGCCUAUGACAUCCGGCCCCUGAGCAUAAUGGCCGUCGUAUGUAACAACAAGCUGAUUUACGGUAUAUGGGGAGACACGAACGGCGAUGACGGUGUAAACCCUAGGGUUGGAGAAGCUUCCAUAUCAGUUGCUACUCUCUGCUUCGGCCACGAUGUAGAUGGCGAGGUAGGCUUUGACGAACAGAAAAUACUGUAUAUCGGGUUUGUUGGCCCUGAAGCGGUCCCGGGUCCGCGUGCGUACUGGAAAGCAGCCGACGAGAACGAGUUUCAGGCGAGUAUUAGGGGUCUUGGUGAUAGGCUUAUUCGGCAGAUCGGCUUGUAUUGA